CGACUACCCGUAGAGUUACGUAAACCUUGGCGGGACUUCGAAUCCGAAGUAGCUCCCUGAAAGUGAUGAAAACUGUCGUUUUUAAUUAAAUUGUCACACACAAAAGAAAGGCAACUUGAAGAUGGCAAUGCAGCAAGCCAGACAAGUAGAACAAGAGUCAACCCUUGAGGAUGAAACAUUCGGUCCCAUGCCUCUUGCAAAGUUGGAGGGUAAUGGCAUCAGCAGCUCUGACAUAAAGAAGCUGGAAGAGGCAGGGUUCUUCACCGUUGAAUCCGUAGCAUUUGCUCCCAAAAAAACUCUGCUAGCAAUCAAGGGAAUCAGUGAAACCAAAGCAGAUAAGAUUGUUCAAGAGGCUGCAAAACUGGUACCCAUGGGAUUCACAACAGCAACAGAGUUUCACCAGAAACGUUCCGAGAUCAUUCAGUUGACUACUGGCUCCAAAGAGCUAGAUAAAUUAUUGCAAGGGGGAUUCGAAACAGGCUCCAUUACAGAAAUUUUUGGAGAGUUCCGCACAGGGAAGACACAGCUGUGUCAUACAAUUGCUGUUACAUGCCAGCUUCCUAUUGAUAUGGGUGGGGGAGAAGGAAAAGCUAUGUACAUUGACACAGAAGGAACAUUUCGUCCAGAGAGAUUAUUGGCGGUGGCAGAAAGAUAUGGAUUAUCAGGCAGUGAUGUUUUGGAUAAUGUUGCUUAUGCCCGGGCUUAUAACAGUGACCAUCAGUCUCAACUACUCAUCCAAGCAGCUGCUAUGAUGUCAGAGUCCAGGUAUGCUGUGUUGAUCGUCGAUAGUGCUACGGCUCUGUACAGGACCGACUACUCUGGACGAGGAGAACUAUCAGCUCGUCAGAUGCAUUUAGCAAGAUUUCUGCGCAUGUUGUUACGCCUGGCUGAUGAAUAUGGAGUGGCCGUGGUAAUAACUAACCAGGUUGUUGCACAAGUUGAUGGCGCAGCAAUGUUUUCUGCAGACCCUAAGAAGCCAAUUGGGGGCAAUAUAAUAGCACAUGCAUCAACAACAAGGUUGUAUCUGAGAAAGGGACGAGGUGAGACAAGAAUCUGUAAGAUAUAUGACUCACCCUGUCUGCCGGAAGCAGAAGCUAUGUUUGCAAUAAAUGCUGAUGGAAUUGGGGAUGCAAAAGACUGAACAGAAGAUGGAAAUGUUGGUUUUCAAUGUCUGAAGUCUUAGUUUUCAGAAAAAAUUGUGCUCAUGGAAUUUAGUUUUGUUUACAAUUUUGUUUGCUUACAAAAAUUGUUUAUGACCUCACUAGCAUGUACAAAAGAAAGUGCUUCUUAACUCUUGUUUCUAACAAACUGUAUAUAAAAACAAAGUAAAAACCAGAAGAUUCUGUUUCACAGUUUUGGGAGGUAUGAUUGACAUUCUUAGAUUUUCUUCACAACCUUGCUUCCUUAGUUAAGUUGACUUUAAUACCUGCAGGAGUCAUUCUUUCAAGGUUGAGGUGUACAUGGGUCAGGAGCUAAUUCACACAUGUAAUUCACACAUCCAACGAAGAAAAACUAACAGUAAGCUUAUUUAUUAUCAGCAUCAUAAUAAUGUCAUUUUCUUCUUCUUCAUCAUCAUCAUCAUUGUUGUUGUUCUUGGUGUUGCACUUGUCAGACUGAACAUUCAUCAAUCACUCUCAUCUUCAUUAUCAUUGCUGACAUUAAAGUGAAACUUUUUUCUCUAUCCUACUCAAAGCAUAGCUUUCACAUGAACUGCAUUUAACUGUAACAUCCCCACAAAUCUUAAUAUAAUUUUCAAAUUUUUUUCAUUGCUUGUCUUU